UGGCGGGCUGGAGGGGCCCGGACCUCGGCGCUGGGACCGCGCUCCCUGCCCCGCAGUGCCCGUCCUGACCCCAUCUCACCCCUGCCCGCCCUUCCUCACCUCCCCGACUCCCCGACUCCCCUCCGGCCCGCCGCCCCUCCGCGGGGCUCUGACCCUCCCACUCUCGCCUCCCGUCCCGUCCUGGAGGGGACCUGCCCGAACCCUCUGUCCCCGCCCGCGGCCCUCCUCGCCCUCGGAGACUCCCUCCUCACGCACCUCCUCGCCUCUUUGGCACCGCCUUUAACCCGGGAGCCCCUGCUGCCAAAUCUGGCCGGUGCCCUCGCCCCAAUCUCUACUCUUCCUGUCCUCACUCCGCCCCCAGCCGGCGGCCUCACUCUCCGUCUCCUCCUCUCGCGGCCCUCCCCUCCCUUUCCCUCCAUCCUCAUCCUCAGCCCCGCUGCCCUCUCUGUCCCCAUCUCCACUUCCUCCGCCCCCUCCCAGACACCCGGCCUCUCUGGAGUCUCCUUCCUGUUCUCUGUCCCCAGCGCUCCCUACCCUCACCUCAGGGCGACCAUGGCCACCAUCCCAGACUGGAAGCUUCAGCUGCUAGGGCAGGAGGAGGCAUCUGUUCGGGGCCGCGAAAUGGCCGAGCGGGAACGCCUGUCCCAGAUGCCUGCCUGGAAGCGGGGACUCUUGGAGCGCCGCCGGGCCAAGCUUGGACUGCCCCCUGGGGAUCCUAGCCCGGUGCUGGGGACUGCAGAGGCUGGGCCUCCAGACCCAGAUGAGUCUGCCGUCCUUCUGGAGGCCAUCGGGCCAGUGCACCAGAACCGAUUCAUCCGGCAGGAGCGACAGCAGCAGAUGCAGCGGAGUGAAGAACUGCUCCUGGAGAGAAGGCCCAGCCCUGGGGAAAUGCGGGAUCAGAGCCCCAGGGCAAGGGAGGCCCGAGAAGAGAGGCUGAGUCCCAGAGAGACCAGGGGGAGGAGGCUGGGGGCAGGGGGAGCCCGCGAGUCAAGUCCCAGGCCUUCAGAGGCUAGGGACUGGAGGCAAAGCCCUGGAGACGGGGGAGACAGGAGCUCCCGACCUUUAGAGGCCCGGAAAUGGAGGCUGAGCCCUGGAGAAACUCCAGAACGGAGUCUGAGACUGGUAGAGCCUCGAGAACAAAGCCCAAGGAGAACGGAGGCGGCAGAAAGUAGACUGAGCCCAGGGGAAUCCGGCCACCAGAAGCUGGGCCUGACAGAAGCCCAUAAAUGGAGGCCUGACUCCCGAGAGCCUCAGGACCAGAGCUCGGUACCACUGGAGGCAUCAGAGUGGAGGCCGGGCUCAGAAGAGAGAAAAAACUGCUUGGAGGAAUGCGGGAGAAAAGAGAGGCGGAUGGCCACGGUGGAGACUGCAAGGCUGUCGGAGACCCUGGCCAGGGAGGCUCCAGACAGCAGCCCCAGAGGAGUGGAGGCAGCGGAACCGAGGCCCAGCCUUGUGGAAGAUGGUGAGAGCAGUGUGAGGCCCUCCGAAGGGUGGAGGUGGACCCUGAGCUCUGGAAAGGCUCGAGCAUGGACACCCAGGGACUCGGAGAUUCACACUCAGACCCCAGAGCCUCCAGAGGCUGCUGAGAAACGUCUGGGGCCUCCUGGUGUAGAGGGUGAAGGGGGAGAGCCGGAGCCAGAGCCGGAGCCGGAGGAGGCGGGGGCCCAGGGCAGGCCUCUGAGGGCCCCGCAGAGCCGCAGCUCUGCACCCUUCCCCCUCCCACCAGAGGACGCUGGGACUGGAGGCCCGAGACAGCAGGAAGAGGAAGCAGUGGCCACAGCCGACCCUGCAGUCCCGGGGGCUGGGAAGAAGCGGUACCCGACUGCCGAAGAGAUCUUGGUGCUGGGGGGCUACCUCCGACUCAGCCGCAGCUGCCUUGCCAAGGGGUCCCCCGAAAGACACCACAAACAGCUCAAAAUCUCCUUCAGCGAGACGGCCCUGGAGACCACGUACCAAUACCCCUCGGAGAGUUCAGUACUGGAGGAGCUGGGCCCGGAGCCUGAGGCCCCCAGUGCCCCCAGCCCCCCAGCGGCCCAGCCCGACGACGAUGACGACGAGGAGGAACUCCUGCUGCAGCGGGAGCUCCAGGGCGGGCUGCGCACCAAGGCCCUGAUCGUGGAUGAGUCCUGCCGGCGGUGACCUCUUCCAGCACAGAGCCACACCCCCUCCUUCCCAGAACCGAAGACCCCGGAGCCCAGAAGGUUCCGAGCAGAGACCCUGAGAAUGAGCCUUUCAGGGCAGGGCGGCAACACCCUCUGACGUGCUUUCCCACCCUGCUUCUGCGGCAGAGCCAAUGGUCCCGGGUCCCCCCUAACCCACGUCGCUGGUGUGGCCGGGUCAGAUGUCCUGGUUCCCCCCGGGUGAGCACCGAGUGCUGGGGAGGGGCCCAGAACUCGCUGUGGGUGGAGAUGGAACAGCCCCAUCUCCGUGGCAGGGAGCCUUCGUGAUCCCCCCAGCACCCUCUGGGGACCCUCAGGAUUUAAGCAGUGUUCCCCGGGAAGGCCUAGACCCCACGGCACUCCCAGGGCGCCCCCUGCCUGCUCCCUCGGUCGCUGCCCUUUUGUUUACAGCCCCUGUCCCUCUUGGCCGUCUCCUGGUUUACAAGCCCACCAGCUCCCGGCCCCACCUGCCAAAGGCCCAGGUCUGCCAGCCACGACUUGCCGUGCCCACGUGGAACCCUCCCCCUUCUCCUCCAGUGGUCUCGCUGGGAGUGGGCAGGGGUGCGGCUUCCUCCACUUGCGCUCAGUAUUACCGUGCCUCAGUGUUCCCCAUGUGGGAAGACUGGGAGCCCUAACUCUGUACCCCUGAUGGUUAUUUAAUGCUCUUCCUGGUGGUUCACAGGUGAAUCGAACCGCAGUCACGUGGGGAACUACGUAGGUGCCUCCCUCUGCCCCCACUGCUCCCCUAUAUCCACUGUCUAUUUUGUUUGGUUUGGUUUUUAACUUUCUGUAAUAAAAUGGAGCUCUCUCCCACUC